ACUGUUGUGGCCUCUCCCGUUGCGGAGUACAGGCUCCGGACGCGCAGGCUCAGCGGCCAUGGCUCAGGGGCCCAGCUGCUCCACAGCAUGUGGGAUCUUCCUGGACCGGGGCACGAACCCGUGUCCCCUGCAUCGGCAGGAAGACUCUCAACCACUGCGCCACCAGGGAAGCCCUGAUAUUUUACUUUUAAAUGUAGAAGGAUUUUAAUAUGUUUGGGGGGGUGUGGUGGGGAAAGCUUUUUUCAGUUUGGUCUAAAUUGUGACUAAAACAAAAAAUCACCAAAAGGGAAAGAGAGGUAUCAAUCAAUGUGCUCCAAUUGAGCAAAUGCACUAUGUUUGAAUACAGUGUUGUCCCCCUAACUGGAAGGGUUAGUGUUCUAAAAACCCUACAGGUGGUUGAGGGAUUUUAAGACAUUUUGUUCAUUCGGCAGAUACUUCUUGAACUCUUAUUACCAAAAACUGUGCUUAGCAAUUUGGAAAAACUAAAUUGAGGGAACUACAUUUUUAAGUUUUUCACAGUCACUUAAAACAGUAAAUUUGGGGUAUAAAAGACUGAUAGCAAUAUUACUUUUAACCAUCUCUUACGUACUAGAAACUUCAGGAUCUUCCCACAAUUUCAAACAUAUGUUUAUAAUUUUCUUGUAGGUAAUAUGCCUAAUACUAGGUUCUUUGAACCCCCGUUUCUCCAUCCAAGUGUUUUUCUGAUUGUACGGUUCUAGAAAUGAACUCUUUAAACAUUUAGGAUGGAAAAAAACUUUGGGUAGCAUUUAUUUAAGACAACUGGCAUAGCUAAGCUGGUCAAUUUCAAGUGUGGCUACAAUGCACAGGGUUAUAUGUAUUGUCAUUCCUCAUACAAUUAUGUGGAGCCCUGAUACAAGCUGCUAGCACCUUAAUGCACAUCUCUGCUCCCUCUCUCCUGACCAGUGACUGCCACAUGCAGUUCUAAGGCCCUAGUUUACAUUCCUUAACGUCCUUCUCUUUUCAGUAUCCUACUUUAAUUCCCUUUUCCUAGAUGCAGGUGGCACACUUUGGUUAGUCUGGACCCCAAAUCCUUGUAUUUAAGGAAAAAGAGGCGAUAAAGCCAUGAAUAAUGGUGUUUUUGUAUACGGGUAGCUCAGAGGGAGAAGGGUUACUGGACAAACUCUCCUACCUCACAUACAUUAACCACCCAGUUAAUUCUAGAAUAUCCUGGAGAUCAAAGUUGACUUAGAGACAAGGAGCCAGGAUUCUUGCUGCUACUCUGUGGAAUUAAAGUGCAACUUGUCAGUCCCUCUCAACAAAGCCAUUGAGCACAAACUGGGUAAUAAGGCUAGACUCAAAGAUUUGGUUAGCCUUUCCUGAGUCCCUACCAUAUGCCAAGCACUGUUCUUGGGAAAAUUAAUUCAUCAGUAUCCACAAGGAGUUCACUCCACAAGGAGAGAGGGCCAUCUUGAAGAAUUACAGUGCUGCGUGUUAAGGUGUUAGAACCGUACACAGUAUACUAUGAAAUACGCAAAGUGAGGGGCCUACAGGCUGGGAAAAUCACAGCUUUCCUGACCCCCAACUCCACAUCCAGCAUAGGACAGCUAGGCCAGUCAGGGCACCCUGUCCUUGGAAACAUUCAACUCUAGUUGCGAUUAAUCAUGUCAUUGGUUGUUAAUGUCUUUGUCUUCCACUAGAAUGUAAACCUCAUCAGGAUAGGGAAUGUACUUUAUUCCCCCUUGUCUUGUGCACCACUGUUUUAUCAUUGCAGCUUCAUAUGCUUGACACUUAACAGGCAUGCCAUAAAUAUGUGUAUGGAUAAAUAUGAGAAUAAAUGGGACAGACAUUAAGCCUGGCUUUAAGGAGAAAUUUGUUAGUCUAUGAGGUUGGCAUCAGAGGUAAUAAUUAGAAUGUAAAGCACCUAGCAGUUUAUCAGAAAAGGUGAGUAUUUGGGUGAAAGCGGCAGGAGGGAGGCUGUUAAAGACGCAUCAGACACUGUAGCUGACUGCUGUAUUGGGGGCGGGGGGCAGGAAAGCUAGAUAUGUACCAGAGAAGUUUCAGGAUUUUUUAAACUACGUUUCUUUUGUAACUUAGUUCUUUACCUAUCGACUAAUUUGGGGAAUUCUGAAUGGCUAUAGCUUUAAGAUAUAGCUUAAAGAUAUAGCGGUUUGAGUUAUUUCUAUCCUUUUUUUCUCCCGGGCUAGUGACACUCCCCAAGGGACAAAAGGACUGAAACUCCAAGUUGUCUAAAAUACUGGGAGGGAAACGGUGAGAAAAUGCCGGAGGCAGUUGCAGGCCAGAGGCGCUGUUCCCCCGACAGCUGACUCACACGCUGACCCAACUCCGCUGGUCCCCUCCGCUCCGCCCGGCCCCGCCCAGCCGCGCUGCGUCAGGAGGGUCACGUAGCCUGCGCCCCGCGCCCUGACUGGCUGCGUUGGGGGCUUUGGGGCGUGUCUGUGGGUUCCGCGAAACGGGGCAGGAGCUGCUGAGGGGAAUUGGCUGGCGGCUUGGGACCCUGGGCCCUGUUCCCAGGCCUUGGGAGGACGCCAGGCCGCGGGGAGCCUCGGCCUGGGGAGCGGGGGAGGACAGAGCUAGAGACCCGGAACUCGCGCUUUGUGCAGAGUGGACGCCGACAGUGCCAUCAAAAAGUUUAUUGCAGGGAGGUGACAAGAUCACAUUUUGAGAAGAAGCUGGAAAGAAGCCCAAGUGGAUUAAGAAGCCCUGGAUGAGGACAGGAUCUCUGGGGAGAAACUCUAAGGUAUGAUGAGUACCUUCUGAGUCUCAGGAUGGUGGGAAUUAGCCAGUGGAUUGCAGGCAUGUUGUGGAAGUUGCUGAUUAGAUCCCAACCCUGCAGGCUCUGUUCUUUCAGAAAGAUGCUAUCAGCUCCAAAAUACACACCUUUUCUAGCAUCCUUCACCUAUACAACUGAUAAUCAGUCAAAUAGAGAAAAUAAAAAGACAGCAGAAAAGCUCUAUAAAUUGUCAGUUGACAUCAGGAAAAUUCGAAGAUUAAAAGGAUGGGUACUUCUGGAGGAUGAAACCUAUGUUGAAGAAAUUGCAAAUAUUUUACAACAGCUAGGUGCCAGUGAGACUGCUGUAGCCAGUAUCUUGGAACACUGCCCAGAAGCAAUUAUCUGCAGUCCACCUGCUGUUAACACCCAGAGAGAACUCUGGCAGUCGGUUUGCAAGAACGAGAAAGAGUUAGUUAAGUUAAUAGAACAGUUUCCAGAAUCUUUCUUUACUGUUAAAGACCAGGAAAACCAGAAGCUGAAUGUUCAAUUCUUUCAAGAGUUGGGACUCAAAAAUGUGGUCAUUCGUAGAUUUUUGACAACUGCAUCUAUUAUUUUUCACACUCCUAUUGAGAAGAAUAAGCAAAUGAUAAAGGUUCUUCAAGAGAGUUAUCUAAAUUUAGGUGGCUCUGAGGUCAACAUGAAAGUUUGGCUACUAAAAUUAUUAAGCCAAAACCCAUUUAUUUUGUUAAAUUCUUCUGCAUCUAUAAAGGAAACGCUAGAAUUUCUCCAGGAGCAGCGUUUUACAAACUUUGAAAUUCUCCAACUUCUCUCCAAACUCAAAGGAUUUCUGUUUCAACUUUGCCCAAGAAGUAUACAGAACAGUAUGUCCUUCUCUAAAAAUGCUUUUAAAUGUACUGAUCAUGACCUGAAGCAAUUAGUUUUGAAAUGUCCUGCCCUUUUAUAUUAUUCUGUUCCAGUUUUGGAAGAGAGAAUUCAGGGAUUAUUGAAAGAAGGAAUUUCCAUAGCUCAGAUAAGAGAGAUGCCAAAGGUUCUUGAAUUAAUGCCACAAAUAGUACAGUACAGGCUAAGGAAACUGAAUUCCUUAGGCUAUAGAAUAAAGGAUGGAUAUCUAGCAAAUCUAAGUGGAACAAAAAAAGAGUUUGAGGCUAACUUUGGUAAAAUUCAGGCCAAAAAAGGAAGGCCGUUAUUUAAUCCUGUGGCACCAUUAAAUGUUGAAGAGUAACUUGCUGACUGACAUUGCUCCUUUCUAUCAGUGCCAAGUAAAAACCAAGUAGCAAAAACUUAUGUGAUUCAGGCAUAGUGUGGGCACCAGUAAUUUUAAGAACCUACUUAGCUUCUGAGUUGUGUUUAAAUGACCUCUAAGUAGAAAAUCUCUCACUCAAUUGCUGAAAUUAAAAAUAUAAAUUGCAUUUAUUUUAAAUAGUUUGUAAUUUUGACCUUGAGCUAUUUCAAAAAAGUAUCAAAUGGUCUAUCAGUGUGAUAUUUUAUAAGUGAGUAAUUUCUAAGAAACUGACAAGUGCACUCCAUUCAAAGUAUGGAUACAUUUUUACUCAUAUAGCACAUUUCACCUGGGAUGCAGACCCAGCCUUCUUUCUCAACACCAGCUCUGAAACAUCACUCUACUAUGGUGUGAAUUCUGUAGCUUAGGGUUUAGUGAAACAUUAGCAAACUUCUAAUACAUUUUUGUGGAGUAAGUUGAUUUCAUCUCCAGGUUGGAAUAAGGGAAUAUCUUUGAGAACCAAGUAUUGCCCAUCAAAAGGAGUAAUUAGAGCUUAUUUGUAUGGUCAGUUUGUUUAAAAUUGACUAUUUUAUCUCAUGAAACACUUCUAUGUGCAUUUAUUACUUUCCCCUUUUUACAGAUGAGGAAGCAAGCUUAGAGAGCCAUCAAGCUGCCACAUGCCAGAGCCCAGAUUUAGUAAGAUCUCUCUUCUGUUCAAACCUUGUGAACAGAAAAAGGUUUGCUUAUGAAUUGGCAUAAGAAAAGUCACCCCUACCUGACAUGCUAAAAGAGUACCAACUCCAAAUUUAGGGAUUUUUAUGAAAACAUCUCUGUAAAAUUCCUUAAAUUUGAAAUGAUCUAAUUUGUAUAAACUUUCUGAAAAUCCAGGUCUAACUGUAAAAUAUGAAAGGUAAAGUAUGUGAUGGUUGGUACUGAUUUUAGUUAGGUUUCAAGUUUCUAUUUCUAAACUUUGUUCCAAGAUAAAUAUUAUGCAAAUAAAGACUGGCUCACUUUCAGCUGUGGAGUUUGAA